AUGCUUCUUCUCUUCGAGUGCGCGGCUGGUUAUGCCGUGUUCAAAGUUAACAAUGAGAAAAAACUGCAGGAAGUCAGCGACUUGGCCAAAGAAUUCGAGAAUACUGAGUUUAUGAACCAGGCGAUUCAGCUGGAGAAAUUUGUGAAGUUUGAGGAUACAAAGGAGGCGCUUCUAGCUGCCGCAGAUACUAUCGAAGGGAAAAUUUCCAAGAAACUAAAGAGGCUCUUAAAGAAGCUGUACGUUAAGGAAAUACGCGAUGACGUUUUAGCUGUGGCCGAUAAGAAGCUUUCCCAAGAAAUAACGAGCAAAAUGAACGUGUCUACGCUUGCUGAUUCCUCGGUGCAAAAUCUCAUGCGUGCAAUUCGUACUCAUAUGGCGUCGCUUAUUCCGGCAAUUGAUGAAUCGGAUCUCAUGCGAAUGCGACUCGGUUUGGCUCACAGUCUCGAUCGCUAUAAACUUAAGUGCAACCCUGACAAGAUAGACACUAUGAUUGUCCAGGCAAUCGGUCUUCUUGAUGAGCUAGAUAAAGAGUCAAAUAACUACGUCAUGCGAUGCAAGGAAAUGUAUGGUUGGCACUUUCCUGAGCUGGCCAAAAUCGUGACAAACAAUAUGACUUAUGUUCAGCUCGUUAAACGCAUUGGUGUUCGAGAGAAUGCAUCAAAGAUGGAUCUUACCGACCUCAUUCCUGACGAACUGAUUGCACAGGUUAAAGAUGCUGCCAUCGUCUCCCUGGGCACAGAGUUGACGAACGAAGACGUGGAGAUGAUUCACUCAUUGUGCGACCAGGUUGUGGAAGUGGCUGAAUCCCGCAAUACUCUUCACGAGUAUCUGGUCAAGCGUAUGGUCGCUGUGGCUCCCAAUUUGACUGCUCUGGUGGGCGAAAUUCUGGGUGCGCGUUUAAUUGCAAGGGCAGGAACUUUGGUAAACCUUGCUAAGCAUCCUGCUUCAACCGUUCAGAUACUUGGUGCCGAGAAGGCAUUAUUUCGCGCUCUCAAGACACGUCACAGCACACCAAAGUAUGGUUUAUUGUACCACGCUAGCUUGGUUGGGCAAGCUGGACCAACUAUCAAGGGUAAGAUUUCGCGUAUGCUGGCUGCCAAAGCUGCCCUCUCGAUUCGUCUGGAUGCUCUUGGGGAUGAGGACGCUGACAACGAAAUGGGCAUCAGAGCCAGAGCUUAUUUGGAGGAACGGCUGCGACAGCUCGAAGCUGGGACCUUCAAUCCCCGUAUCUCGAAAAAACGCAAGUUCGACUCCGCACUUGGAAAUUCAGACCACCCACCAGCAAAAUCACGGAAAUUGCAUGGUGGAAAUGGGAACUAA